AUGUCGCGAGCUCGCAGAGUCCAGCGCGACGCCAGCCGUACCCGCUCCGACACCUCCGCGUCCACUUCCCCCGACCGCGGUGUCGACCUCGACGAUGACAAGGACUCCUUCAUGAGCCAGGACAACGAUUCGCAGUCAUCCCUGUCCCCUUCCCUGACUCCCGACUCCGAACAAGAGACGUUGCGCCGCGCCUUUGAAGAACGCUCUCGUGUUUCGCCCAUCUCGCGUCUGCCCGCCGAGUUGAUGAUAGCCAUCUUCUCCAAACUCUCGUCGCCCAUCGAUCUUCGGAACUGCAUGCUGGUCUCCAAGGAUUGGGCCCACAACAGCGUUGCCCUGCUAUGGCACCGGCCCCACACAGGCAAUUGGGAGUGCGUGAGGAACGUCAUAUCCACCGUCUCGAACCCCAACAGUUACUUCGACUACAGCAGCCUCGUCAAGAGGCUCAACCUUUCCAACCUAGGCUCGCAAGUCAACGAUGGAACCUUGCAACCCCUGUCCGGUUGCAAACGGGUGGAGCGGUUGACCUUGACCGGCUGCACAAGGCUGACCGAUCUCAGCUUGACCGCCAUGCUCCAAGGCAAUCGCAGGCUGUUGGCCCUCGAUGUCUCGAAUGUCGGCUCCAUAACAGACAGGACCAUGUACGCCCUGGCCGAGAACGCGGUCCGGCUCCAGGGACUGAAUAUCACAAAGUGCGACAAGAUCUCGGAUGGAGCACUCGAGGCGGUCGCACGAAACUGCAAGCAGAUCAAGAGGUUGAAACUCAACGGCUGUGAACAGUUGACGGACAGGGCUAUCAUCGCCUUCGCGAGAAACUGCCGUUACCUGCUUGAGGUCGAUCUCUUCGCCUGUAGCAAUUUGGAAGACGAGUCCGUCACCAGCUUGAUAACCGAAGGCCCUCACCUUCGGGAGCUGCGUCUGGCGCGCUGCACACGCAUCACAGAUCAAGCCUUUCUCCGUCUGCCCCCGGACACGACCUACGAAAGUCUUCGCAUCCUUGACCUGACGGAUUGCGGGGAAUUGCAGGAUGCUGGUGUCCAGAAGAUUGUCACCGCUGCCCCUCGUCUGCGCAACUUGGUCCUGGCGAAAUGCAGAAGAAUCACCGAUCGUGCUGUUUUGGCCAUCACACGACUGGGGAAGAAUCUCCACUUUCUUCACCUGGGCCACUGUGUAAAUAUCACCGAUUUUGGUCUCAAUAUGCUCAUCAAAGCGUGCAACCGGAUUCGAUAUAUCGAUCUGGCUUGCUGCACCGAGUUGACCGAUAACUCCGUUACCCAACUAGCCACCUUGCCCAAGUUGAAGCGUAUAGGGCUAGUCAAGUGUAGCAAUAUCACAGACCGGACCAUACAGGCGCUUGCACGACCCAAGCAGUUGGGCCCCGGCGGACCGGUGACGGCGACUGUGCUGGAGAGGGUACACUUGAGCUACUGCACCAAUCUGACCCUGGGGGGGAUCUACACCCUGCUGAGACACUGCCCGAAGUUGACGCAUCUGAGCUUGACCGGAGUGCAUGCCUUUCUGCGCGACGACCUGCUUGAAUUCAUCCGCCCGGCUCCUGAAGAAUUCAACGAACAUCAGCGUGAAGUCUUCUGCGUCUUCAGCGGCGCAGGCGUCGUCCGUCUCCGGCAAUACCUAUUGAAUAACCCACCGGGUAUGGUUCCACGCCUCGGUUUCGGAACCGGCGACAAUCCAAACGAUGCCGCCACCACAAUGUACGAUGAUGGGGAGGAGCCCGAGAUGAUUGACGUGACUGUGCAGGCGAAUACGAUGGCCAUUGACGAGGCGUGGGAGGAUGUUGGCGGCGACAAUCAUGAGGGGGAGGUUGAUUAG